AUGAGUGCCACGGAAAUCCCCCAGCUCAUGGUCGGGUUUGGCUCGUCGGGCAUCCCCGAAGACGACCAGCGCAACCCGUCGGUGAUUGCUGACAUGGUUGGGGACAUGGCCGUCGACUGCGUCGGGAGCAGCGCCGACGUUUUGUUUGAGAGCGUCGCGGCUGAGAUCAUCGGCGCCAUUUCCCUCGCCAAGGAAGGCGCGAUCGAGUCCCCCGUGUCGUUUGUGUUCUUCCCCGUGGUCGUGCACGCUUUCGACAUUGUCGUGUCCUUCAUCGGCAUCUUGUGCGUGACCGAGCCCGGACCAACCGAGUCGGACACGAUGACCACGCUCCAACACAGGUACUCGAUCAAAUUCUUGUUGGCGCUGGCGGGGUUCGGCCUGUCCACGCGGUGGCUGCUUUUCGUGUCUGCCGCGCCCGGCGCGUGGUUGCACUUUCCCUCAACACUGGUGACCUGUUUUCUCUCUUAUGGCAGUGGCAUCACGACGAUGUUGGCAGUUCUAUACUGUAAUGAAGCUCCACGUAGCAGUACGUAA